GACCCCUCUUUACUAAUCAAACGAGGUCCAAAUUAAUUACAGAAAGAUGAACGAAGAUCUGGUCGCUAACUCUUUGGGUUUAUGCCAUGAAAACCAGGAAAAUUUAGGAAAUACAUUUAAAGUUAAUCUGAAUCUUUUGCCAAUGCCAAAUAGAACGGAGCUGUUUAAAGAGGUCGCCACCGGAGGCCGAUGGGCACCUACGUCAUGCAAACCUAGGGACCACGUGGCCAUCAUCAUCCCUUACCGUGACAGACAAGAACACCUGGAUAUUCUGCUCCAAAAUCUUCAUCCUUUUCUACAAAGUCAGAAGUGCCAAUACCAGAUAUUUGUCGUUGAACAGGCGCAUCCAGAACCUUUUAACACGGGGUAUGCCAAAAAUGUAGGAUUUGUAGAGGCCAGUGCCCUGUUUAAUUUCACCUGCUACAUAUUUCAAGACGUGGAUAAAAUCCCUAUGAACAAUUCACUACUGUAUAGAUGUCCGCCUGACAGAGUUUUUCAUUUUGCCUCUGCUGAGGACAGGUUUCAUUACAGGCUACCCCAUGUCAACUACACCGGAGGUGUUAUUGGGGUAACUUCCGACACAUUCAAGAAGAUAAACGGAUUUCCUAAUCAUUUGAUUAGAUGGGGUGGCGAUGACGACGACCUUUUUCAGAGGAGUGUCUCUCAAAACGUUCCCAUUCAGCAUGCCAACAAACAUUUAGGCAUGUACAGAGUAUUAAAUCAUACAAGACUGCCUGGCUCCGAAAACAAGGAGGGUUAUCCAAUGGUGGUGUUUGCAUCGCAACUGUAUAAACACUACGGACCGUGGGAUAGUGGACUGAUCACGCUGAACUACACCCGACUAGCAACAGAGUAUAGGCAAACACACACGUGGAUCAAAUACAAUGUAGAUCAGAAAAGCAUGAUGAAGACCGCAUGGAGGGGCAUUAUGGACACCAAGUAUGACAAAGCAAUCCAUGGUACCUAUUGGGCAAUUAACUACGAACGGGCUUACAAAAUAUUUCCUAAAAUUAAAGAAGAAAUGGAGAAGAAAGCAAGCGCCUCUGCACGUAUCUCACUGAAGAAAAUAAAACAGCACAGGAAAGUUCGCCCAAAGAGUGCAAACUCACGACGACAUAAGAUGUAUAUUAAGGGUUUUUGAUCUUCCCGUCUAAAAACAUCCAAUUUUUAACGCAUGCUCUGUAAGGAGUGUAGUACUGAUUUUAUGAACAAUCAAAAGACGUUAAAAUAAGAUUAGAAUGAGGUGAUUCUUUUCACAACUACAAAAACAUACAGAGAGCGCAGACUGACGCUAAGGACUCUGCACUGAUAAAAAUGUGGAAGAUGAAGAGGCAUUCAUAGCACAAAG